AUGCCAAAGGGUUUGAGUGGAUCCAUCAAGCUGCAACAAGAAGAUGAUUCCUUCACUGAUGUUCAUGAUGAUUUACCUGUUCUUCAAACUGGGCAGUCUUCAAAUCCUGAAACUGAUGACACCCAGAAUCCAUCUUUCGUUUGCGAAAUCUGUGUAGAUUCAAAGCCUCUGCAAGAUUCCUUCAACGUUAAGGGUUGUUCCCAUUUUUACUGCACUCAAUGCACCAUCAAAUACAUAGCUUCUAAGCUUGACGACAAUGUUACAUAUAUCACUUGCCCAGUUUCAAACUGUGGAGGCGUGCUUGAGUUUAAAUACUGCCGUUUGAUCCUCCCGUAUAAUGUAUUUGUGAGAUGGGGUGACGCCCUUUGUGAGUCUGCCAUGCCAGAUGAUGGCGGGAAAUUUUAUUGCCCUUAUAGAGAUUGCUCGGUGAUGAUGAUUAAUGAAGAAGGAGAGAGGAUUAAGCAAUCAAAGUGCCCUUUUUGUCAGAGAUUGUUUUGUGUCAAGUGUAAGGUUCCUUGGCAUACAGAGUUUGAGUGUGCUCAGUUUCAGAAAUUGCAGAAGCUUGGGGAGGAAGCUGUGCUAAAUGAUUUAGCCAAGAAGAAGAAGUGGCAAAAGUGCCCUAAUUGCAAAAUCUUUGUGGAAAAAUCAUUUGGCUGCUGUUUUAUUGAGUGCAGGUGUGGAUCUACAUUCUGUUAUGAAUGUGGAUUGCAGUCAAGUUCUCUACAUUAG